GUGUGCGCGCUUAAUUCUGUCCGUGCGGAAUUGUGAAUGAAAUGUUUUGUUUACGUUUAGUUCGAUAUUUUACUAAUGAGGUUAAACAAACUCUGUUUGAGCCGUUAUUGUGCGUUAGCCUUGGUCACCGUUGUAAUUGUGACAUGGACCAUCUCCUUUAGGAGUUCUGAAGAGACGUCAAGUUCCACAGCAGCCGCAGGAUCCAUGACUGACCAAACUCUGGACUACUUCCUCAACAAGGGCGCUUUAAAGGACCACAAUGCUGCAGAUGUCCAGUGGUAUCAUGCAGCCAACAGCAAGGACAAGAUCACUGAAGCACUCCAAGAUAGCUCACAAAUGAUUGAAGCCGAUGUACUUCUCCGGGGUCGUGACCCAAGGGAACCCAUAAUGGCACAUCCUCCGGAUAAUGACAGUGACAUCACACUGCGAGACUGGCUGGCAAUGGUGGUGAACUCAGAAAAAGGGAUCAAACUGGACUUUAAAAGCCUAGAAGCAGUGGGGGAGUCAAUGGCACUUCUGGACAAGGUUCGAGAUCAGCUGAAGGGACCUGUGUGGAUCAAUGCAGACAUCCUUCCAGGCCCGGGAGGCAUGGCCACACCAUUAGAUGCCCAGGCCUUUUUACAAACAGUGGCUAUGAAAGCAGAAGGUGAUGUGCUUUCUUUGGGCUGGACCACAGGGUGGUCUCCCAAUACAGACAACCCAGGUUACAGCUGGGAGAUGGUUCAGCAAAUGGAGGCGGUGUGUAAGAACCUGACACAGCCUGUGACAUUUCCAGUGCGAGCUGCUCUUUUACCCCAGUCCUUUGUUCAGUUUCAGUGGCUCUUGCAGCAGUCAGACAGAUACACACUGACCAUAUGGACAGGCCAGAGUGAUGUGCUGAACGUGGAGAAUCUGUUACUCUACCGGCAAAACUUCAGCAAGUCCAGAAUCUACUAUGAUCUCUUAGAGAAUCAGAUGACAAAGUUUAAAAGCUUACCUGGGUAUACCAUGUCACAAUGAGAGCAGAGCUAAGAUUUCCAUUCCAGUACAGUCCAGUAACUUGGGUAGAGGAAAUGAGGAAUGUAGGUUGAAGCCAAAAUCAUACAUCUGUGUUUAGAUGAAUCAUCCACAAAAAGCAGCUCAAGUACAAACACUAUUACAUAAACCACAAAAGGUAAAUGCAUUUUUAAAGUUUGAAUGCACCAUAUAGUAGUGGCAUAUCUACAAAUCAGCGUUGUACAAUGUAGUGAAAUCCAUAUUGAAUUAAAGAUUAUUCACUGUUUUUUUUUUA